CUGGUUUAAUGAUCAAGUAAGGGUUUUCCGACUUGGUUAAUCUGCAGGAAACCAUGUAGGUAGGAAUUCGGGAUUACUGUACUUUGAUUGCUACGGAGGAGUAUGGCCCGAUGUCAGGAAGGUUCGCUAACCAUCCAAUUCACAUGGGAGAGGGGGAGAGAGCGAGAUUGGUGUGAAGUAAGUGGUUACUAUUUACUUUGCAAAUGUAAAUUCAAAAUGGUAGUUUUUGGAUUAGAUGUAAAGAUAGUUAUUGUCCCCUCUUCCCAUCAUAUUGUGGAGUUGCAACACUCCGUGGUUUGGUACAAGUUGCUCUCUUACCUCUCCCUCUUCCUCUCCGUGUGUGUAUGUAUCUUUCUCUCUCCCGAAUCAGACCAUGCGGUCGGUCAGAAGGAGGAAAAGGAAAAGAAUAUCGAAGGACUAGACUAGACUAAACUAGAACAGAGAUGGACCGAACCAACGGAAAGUUUUGUGGUGAGAUAGCCGAUAGAGAUUGACUUGACUUGGGCGUGAGAUUAAUUAAACGUCGUUCCGGUGCAAUCAAUAUACUAUGCCGGUCUACUUCUAGUUAUAGUCUAGUAUCUAACUAACUGACGAUGAUUAUGAUGAUGAAGAAGAGGGGGUGAGUGUGUGAGAAAGAGGAGGGGUGGUUUGGUUUGGUUUGAAGGGGUCCGUCCGGGCUGUCGGUAGGAAAGGUCAAUUUGUUUGGGUGGUAAAUUAAUUCCGCUCCACUUGAUGACCAGAUGAAACCAAAACCGAGGCCGGGCUGUGGGGAAAAGUAGGAAAUUACCACGCGUCUAGAUAGAACAAUUAAUUUAUCUAGUCGUGGAUUUCUUGGGUUGAGAGGAGACUUGUGUCUGUUCUACCAAAAUUAAAUCUAGUAUCUGUGAUCUAGUGACUAGAAGGUCUUGGAUCGCGAUCGAGGAGGGACA